UUAUUGUAGAUAUCGUCGUGUGAAAGUUCUAUUGAAAAAUUGACUUAUCGAGCAGGACCUGGAGCCUGGAGGACGUAGGAGGACGGGGACGGAAACGUCGGGGACUUCUCAAUCAAUUUACAAUUUGUUUCUCUCGAAUCGAUAACGCACAGGAAGCUGCCUUGGCAAUCACUUUUUCGAAAAGAUAUGCUGUAGUUUGGGCGUUCUCUGUAGACAUUUGUAAUCACAAGAAUUCAUCGAGGCUAAAAAGAUGAGCAAGAUCUCGCGAUCUUAUCCCUCGGAUGGCAAGGUCUAUGUGGGAGAUUUAGGAAGCAGUGCUAGUAAGCAACAAUUGGAGGAUGCAUUUUCCUAUUAUGGGCCCUUGCAUAAUGUCUGGGUUGCCAGAAAUCCUCCUGGAUUUGCUUUUGUCGAAUUUGAAGAUCCAAGAGAUGCAGAGGAUGCUGUAAGAGGACUAGAUGGUCGUAUUGUAUGUGGAAGACGGAUUCGUGUGGAAUUGUCAAAUGGAAAAAAAUUGAGGGACAGAGGCUUCCCUAGAAGAGGUAUUGGAAGACCUUUUCAUCCAGAAGAUAAAUGUUACGAAUGUGGUGAGAGAGGUCACUAUGCUAGAGAUUGCCAUCGUCAUAGAAGUUCUCGUAGAAGAAGGAGUUGCGGCUGAGCGUACAGCACACGCAUGUGAAAUGUGUGUUGCUACCCGACAUUGUCGCGCGAGAUUCGCCUUGGGUUCACGUUUGUGACACACUGCGCGUCGUAGUUACAGCGUAGAGCACUCUACAUCUACUUUGGGUUUCCCUCUGCACACUCUGCGGGCGAGAAAACGCGGCAUGGACCGCGACCGACCGGACACGGGGUGGCUAGUUCUGCGCACUGCUACAAUACCGAUCCGCUGACCACUGACCAUCACCCUAAGUCGAGAAUUUAUGCACCUCUGGCACUUCUGGCGUUCUUCGUUCAGCUAUCCGUGAUUUCUGCCUCGUUCCCGUCGUAGUCAUCGUUGUCAUCGUCGUAGUCAUCGUGGUCGUCGUAAUCGUCGUGAUCGUCGUCGUGAUCGUCGUCAUCUUCGUCGUCUUCAUCAUCGUCUUAAUCAUCGUCAUCAUCGUUGUCGUCGUUGUCUUCGUCGUCGUAAUAUCUAACGGUUGCUGAGAGACAAACUUUCAGUGGUCCCAUCUCUAGCCACUCUUCAUUUGUUCAUCUCGGAUCCUCUCGUAAUUUCAUCUGCGUAAAGGGCUCAUCCGCUCUCCCUUCUUGCCAUCACGCCGCGCAAUCCACAAUUAUCUGGUAUAAGCACAGCCAGGAAAGAUGGUAUAUAUAAGUAGAACAGUCAAGUAUAUAUCCUAUCAGGAUUAAUGUAUAGUGGUUGAAUAAAUUUUGAACAUGAAUCUACACUAUUAUGUUAAUUUUUGCAUGAUCUGUAAAGAUACUUGCAUUUAUUUAUGAAAAUAGUUUGAUAUGUGAUGUGUUAAAUAAUGCCUUUUAAUGGAUACUAGGAUUUAAAAUAUUAACUAACAAUUCAUACAUCAGAGUUUGAAUAACUAUCAUUUGUUAUACUGACAUAUAUUUCAGUGAUGAUUCAAUAUCUUAUAUUUUUAAUGUUUAAAAAAUGAUAAACUUAUACAUUUAAUAGUUAUGUAAAUUAAAAGUUUAAUAAGAUGAAAUUCUCAUUAUUGCUAAUAAAGAGGAACGCUGAAUAA